AUGAAUCAACAACCCUCACUAGAAAAAGCCAAGAAACACCCCGGCCCCAGGUCGAAAACCAAGGGGCUGAAUCGAUCGCGCGCAGGGUGCCUUACAUGCAAACAGAAGCAUGUCAAAUGCGACGAGACUAGACCAACCUGCCGAAAAUGUGCUCAAAAGGGAUGGACCUGCGGCGGCUACUCAUCAGGGGUAAAGUGGUCUUAUAAACACCAACACACCUUUGUCGGCGUCCGGCCGUCUGCCAACACCAGCAGCAGGGCCGCCACUGAGGAGGCAGUGGAGCGAGAGCCAUCACAGGCUCUCAGCGAUGACGGCACCAGCAGUCUGCAGCCCUUUAUCUUCGACAACGUAUUCUCGCCCAGCAGCUUGCCUAUGCCUCUGAACGGCGUGGAAAAUGGGGACGGUAAUGGUGUCAUCGAAGAAGUCGGGUACCAGACUUGUGUGAUCGACGAUCCCGUUCUACUCUCCUGGCCUGAAGAUGACGAUCUGGUACCCAUUCUGGACAAUACGCCGGAGCAGCCAUGUUUCCCACAGAAUCAGUCCGAUACAUCUUCCACGAUAACAACACUGGAUCACGAUUAUACCAACAAUAUGUUUGACAUAUUGACGGUGCGUAUUCCACCAAUGCCGUCGUCAUCCGUAACUGGGCCAGAAGCCACACUCAAAUUGAUUAACAACUGGUUCGACAUGGUCUGCCCCGCCUGGUCAGGAUUCGACUCAGACGUGAACAUGAACCGUAGACUCGCCUACGACUUCUGGCAAUCCUCUUCUACAGUUUUCCACUCUCUGCAGAAAGCUGUCGAUGCUGAGGUUCUAGGUGAAGCGGGCACCGAUAUAACUUUGCACCCUUGGACUGGAAUAUCGUCCACAACCUCUCGACUUUUCGCUCGGUCCAUGAGACUCUGUCGUACGUACCGCCGGAGAAUCACGAACCCUACCGGUCGGGCCAUCAGUCUCUCGACGGCAAUGCAUGAGAUCGAGGAGGCCCAGAAGCUCGAGGAAAGGCUUCUGGAGCUUAACUUUUCUCCCCCUACAUCUCAGGUAAAUACCGACACUGGUGAUGGCAAAACACCAUGGUUCCAUCUCGCACGAAUCGCCGAGUCCUACCAGCUUGCUUCGCUGCUCCUGCUCUACGUCACCUUCCCGGAUCUCGUUUCCAUACGACUUCCACAUGAGUCAGUCUUGGUUGGAGAAGACGAUGUUCCUUGGGACAAAUGGAUUGUCCCGUUGACUCUGCGUCUCAUAUCGGUACUGGAGCAAAUUCCACCGGAUUCGGGCAGCCGUGUCAUGCAGCCGCUACUCUACAUUUGCGCGAGCACUGGCCUUCGCUACAACCUCCCCUCUCCCCCGUCCGACUUAAGUCCUGGGGAAAAUACGAUCCAUCGACCUAGGUCCACUGAACAGCGCUCCUGGACACGAAUCAGCGAUCGUGGUAUACUCGACUAUGUCGGACAAAUCCAUGCAGGCGACGACGAUGAAAUCAGCGAACCCCCGGCCAUUUCAAAAACCGCCGUGGACAUUGGAAGUGCACGGAAUUUCAUCAUGUAUCGUCUAAGCGUGUUAGAGAGCACACUCCAGCCGAAGCCGAUCGUUGUGGCCCAAAACCUGGUCAAGGCCAUAUGGGACGCCUAUGAUAGUGAGCCUACUACGUCAGCUUCGGUGCACUGGCUUGACGUUAUGAAGAAGGGAGACCUCAUAUCACUCUUUGGCUAG